GCAUAAGUCAUCUAGUUUAUAUUUUGUGUUGACAUUAGUUGAUAUCAGUGUAACAAAAGCUGCAAAAAUUAGCAAUACUUAUUAAUAAAGUCUUCUUGUGUUAUAAACGUAACACUUGUAACAUUAGAAUCAAUAGAUCAAAGUAUGUCAAAGAAACGAGAUAUUUCUCGUGAAGAAAUUGCAAAGCAAUUUUUGCUGCCAGAACGUCAGUCGAAAAUCGACACACUUUUAAAACAGGAUGGACAAGCAUACUGCAUUUGUCGUUCCUCCGACUCCUCCCGAUUCAUGAUCGCUUGCGAUGCUUGCGAAGAAUGGUACCAUGGAGAUUGCAUCAACAUAUCCGAGAAGGAAGCAAAAUUGAUUCGACAGUACUUCUGCAUUCGCUGCACUGAAGAAGAUUCAACAUUGAAAACACGUUGGAAGACGAAACGAGAUGAUCUGCCGGUUCGGCAGAACCCACCGACUGAAGCCGAUUUCAAGCAGAAGAAACGAAAGGAAAGAAAUGAGAACAUCAAGGAUAAGAAACCGAAGAAAUGCGGGGACUGCAUGGGGUGUUUUAGAACGGAAGAUUGUGGUCGCUGCGACGUUUGCAGCAAUAAGAAAAAUAGCAAGCACGGUUCUAAGCACAAGGAGAGAUGUAAGCAACGGAUUUGCGUGAAUUACGGUGGGGUGCACUCCAGGGGUAGAAGAAAGAGAAGAGAUUCAAGUUCUGAGCGAGAAUGCUCCACUGCUCAUUUACAGACGGACUAUGCUAGGCAGUGCCAUGGCCCUAGUUGCACAAAUAGUGCUAGGUUUGGGUCUAAAUAUUGCUCUGAUGCUUGCGGUAAUCGCCUUGCGACUAAUAGGAUCUAUCAGGUUUUACCGCAACGUAUACAAGAAUGGGCAUUGAGUCCUUGUAUGGCUGAAGACAAGAAUAUAAAAGUUUUGGAUUCUAUUAGAAAACAACAGAUCGAGGUAAAGCAAAUAUUGCUCGAAUUAGAUAAACGCCACAGUGAAUUGGACGCGAUCGUCGAGAGAGCUAAAAACGCCUCAGUCGAUCCGGACGCUGAAUUCGACUACGAUGAAGAAGGCGAGAUGUCCACGUAUUGCAUAACUUGUGGGCAUGAGAUCCACUCAAAAACUGCCGUUAAGCAUAUGGAGAAAUGUUUCAACAAGUAUGAAUCACAGGCUAGCUUUGGGUCAAUUUUCAAAACUCGUAUUGAAGGGAAUGUAAUGUUUUGCGACUUCUUCAAUCCCAUCAACAGGACGUACUGCAAACGUCUACGGGUACUCUGCCCUGAGCAUUGCAAAGACCCAAAAAUUGGAGAUCACGAGGUAUGUGGAUGUCCGUUGGUCACAAACGUGUUCGAUCAAACAGGGGAGUUCUGCAGAGCACCAAAAAAGAAUUGCGUGAAGCAUCAUGUCUGGGAGAAAUUACGACGUGCAGAGAUUGAUUUGGAGAGAGUUAGGCAAUGGCUGAAGAUGGACGAGUUAUUAGAAAAGGAAAGGCAAAUCCGCCAGGCUAUGGCAUCCAGAGCUGGAGUCUUGGCUCUUAUGCUUCACUCGACUUACAACCACGAAGUCAUGGAGGAAAUAACGAAGGCGAGUCAACAGGAUCAACAUGCAAUGCAAAAGGAAUUGGCGAAGAGAUUCAGGAAGGGAUCAAUAAAACCAACCGUUCCCUGAUUGAAUCCGUUUACUGA